AAAAUUUCUGUUCCGGUCGAAAACCCCGCGAAACCUGGAACAGGGGUCGACACAUCCCAUGUUGUCCAGCCGGAUCUUGCGUGAUCCUGCAGAGCCAGGGCCACACUGACCUGGAUUGGGGCGCAAGGCCCGGAGGAUCCUGCAGGAUUUUCCAGGAUCGUGCAAAGCCUGACUGACCCGGGUUUGUGUUGGCCCAGGUCAGUGGAUCCCCACGGAACUCAACCUUGGCCGAUCGGGGCCGCGAUCGGUUCAAGGCUUAGCGAUCGGCGGGGUCAAAAACCUUGGCUAUUUCUCAUGGUCCCUCCAAACUCCGCCUGUAGGAGGACACGCCCGACCUAAACCUUGGCGCGCGCCGACGCCGCGCGAACCUGCCGGAAGCCGUUUCUCGAGGAGGGCACCAUGGCAGGCCAGCAGAGACAGGAGACGGGGUGCCUCCCAUGCUUCAACUGCUGCGUGACCGUGCCGCAGGAUAAGAUCUACGCAGUGGAGCAGUUCGGGAGCUUCCAGAAGGUGAUCGGGGCCGGCCUCAACAUCGUCGGAUUUGACUUAAUGGGUUGCUGCAUCUCGUUCCGCUCCAUCAGCAAGCGCGUCGAGCAGAACGACGUCUUCGUAGAAACCAAGACCAAGGACAACGUGUUCGUGCUGGUGAAGGUGUCCGUUCAGCAGCAGGUUAUCCCAGAGCAGGCCGAAUCGGCGAUUUACAAGCUUGCCAACGUUAGCGCGCAGAUCGAUUCUUACGUAUCCGAUGUGAUACGAUCGGCCGUGCCGAAGAUGACCUUGGAUGAGGCGUUCGAAGAGAAGGAUAAGAUCAGUCAGGGCGUUAAUGAAGCCCUCACCAAAAGCAUGCACGAGUACGGAUUCCAGAUCAUCAAGGCUUUGGUUACAGAGCUCAAGCCGAGUCAGGACGUGAUGAACUCGAUGAACGAGAUCAACAAGCAAAAGCGCCUCCGUGAUGCGGCAUUGAUGGCGUCCGAGGCCGAGAAGAUCAGAGUGGUGAAGAAGGCCGAAGCCGACUGCGAGGCGGCCCGUUUGCAGGGCGAGGGCAUUGCGAAGCAGCGCGAGGCCAUUGUGGACGGCCUGAAGAGGUCUCGGGGGCGGACAGAACCCCCACCUUGGCACGUCGAUUAA